AUGGCUCGUUUACCAGUCACGUCCACGAACUAUGGGUUGCCCGGCAGAACACAUCAAGUUACAAGACACGACUUAUUAGAAAAGACCUUGGGCAUCCCUCAAUACCGUCAGCAAAAUUCCCACACACGUGGCAGCUGGGAACUUUAUGAUAGCGACUUGGCUAUUCAAUCUGCGGAUACAUUGAUGCAGUUCCCAAUUUUGGAUCAAGGUCAGAUUUCGCACUUCUUGCUCCUCACUCUUUGUGGGAGCCACUCGACUCGAGCUACGGGGCCAAUGGGCCGAAAGCGAACUCUCGAUGAAACUGAAAGGAUCAAGCUGAUCCGGGUCAAGAUAAAACAGUACUUGGUUUGA